AUAACAUAUUAUCCAUAUUUAAAUAAGAAAUCUGAACCCUAGAUAUUGAUUUUUAUAAAUUUAAAGUAGGAAACGAUUUUGUUAGGACAAUGAGAUUUUAAGUUAACCGAAUUACCCGGUUCGGUAGUUCCGUUGAUAUUUGAAACUCGUAUUUUGCGGUUCGUCGGAUAAGAUGGAUAAUAAUAAUACACAAAUGGAAACCAAAUAGGUUGUUCACAAAACCCUAACGCAACUCGGAAAAAAUUAUCCAUAAAAUCUCCUAAAUGCAAACCCGAAUGAUAACAAUCCUGAGCUGCAUCCCCAAGUAGUUGCUACGUUUCGCGGAGGCGUAUAUUUCAAAAGAAAUCGGAAAUGAACGCUGUGACCACGACGGCGUUCUGUCCGACGUCGUUUCAGCUUAAAUUCGCACUCGCUGGCCGGAAACCUAAGUUGGCGUUUGUGCAGACUCGCCUGCCGAAGAUCGAUCGCCGCAGCGUGGAACUCGCGUCAGUGGUUGUACGGAGUAGCGCGGUCAAUGGUAACGGCGUGGAGCGACGUAGUCCGGGCAAUUCAUCAUGGACGAACUUGAAUUCUGCGGCUGAUGAUUUCUCUGGCUGGGCGAACGGUGACGCUGAAAGACAUUCUGGUGAUCCUAAGCCGAAGAAAUCGGUUGUAGGGAUACUGGCAGCAGGAGCUGCUGGGAUAGUUCUGGUUGCUGGAAUCACAUUUGCUGCAUUUUCUAUGAGUAGAAGGAGUACUUCAAGAGUUGGAGAACAAAUGGAGCCAUUGACAACAGAACAAGAAGAGUCAUUGCUCUUUGAUGACAAACAGAAUCAAGUUGAGGGGGAUAAAAAUGGGAAGGAAGUUGAGAUGCUGGACAGCAAUACUGCGGAAAGCAUGACAGGUAAAGAUGGUGAUCCUCUUUCGAUUAACGAAAACACUGAAGCUAUAGAAAGUAGAGUUAGUGACGAUACUGGUUUGAGGCAGUCAUCUGAGGAAGGUGAAGGCUCUUUUCCUAUAGGAGUCAAAGAAUCGGCUAUUAGCAACAAUAUGGUUUCUCCUGAAGCCACUGACAAACAUCCUAUACAUGAUACUUAUGGAGAUUCCUCACCCAUGCAAAGCAUUCAAAGCAACAAUGAUACUAUAGCUUCUGAAAAUCCCAUUGAACCAAGAUUGGACAAACUUGCUGAUGCCAAUACAUUAGAAUCAUCUGAAUUUGUUGCUAAUUCAGAAAAUUCAUUCACUGACAAUCUGAACAGGGUGUCUAGCUUGAAUGAACAGUCCAACUUGUCACUUAACCCUUCUUCUGUUGAGUCUUCAAUUUCAAAUAUAUCAACCGAAUCAGAGCCCAAUGCAAUUAUUGGAACAAGCAUUACCCAAGAAGAGAUUUUGAAGUCUGGAGAUGUUCUUUCGACAGUGGAUGUUGCGUUAAGCAAGGAGCUCUUAACAAUAGAUAUCAUUUCAAGCAAAAUUGACGAGGUUUCUGUUAAUCAAAGUGUUGAAUCUUCGGUAGGGAAAACAUUAGAUGGAACUGUAUCGAUUGGGACACCUUUAUUACCAGAAGACUCCUAUCAAUCUGGAUAUCAAGAUCUUCAAAAUGAUCAAAAUGACAAUGUUAGCCAACCCCUUUUUGACUCUACAGUUCCUGGAAAUUAUUUCACUACAGCUGGCAUACCUGCUCCAUCUCUUGUCUCUGCAGCUCUGCAAUCCCCUCCCGGGAAGGUUUUGGUUCCUGCUGUUGUUGAUCAACUUCAAAGUCAAGCAUUUUCUGCUUUGCAAGUCUUGAAGGUGAUUGAAGAUGGUAUUCAACCUGGAGAUUUAUGUACACGACGGGAGUAUGCUCGUUGGCUAGUUCAAGCCAGCAGUGCUCUUUCCAGGAACACAACUUCCAAAGUCUAUCCUGCUAUGUACAUCGAAAAUGUUUCUGAACUUGCUUUUGAUGACAUUACACCUGAAGACCCUGAUUUCCCAUCCAUUCAAGGCUUGGCAGAGGCUGGACUUAUUGCCAGCAAGCUUUCAAGACGUGAUAUGCAAUCAUACGGCAAUGAAGACACCAGUCCUUUGUAUUUCUCUCCUGAAAGCUCCUUAUCUCGUCAAGAUCUUGUGAGUUGGAAGAUGGCCCUUGAAAAAAGGCAGCUACCAGCAGUUGACAAAAAGAUCUUGCAGCAGUUAACUGGAUUCAUAGAUAUUGAGAAGAUCAACCCUGAUGCAUGGCCUGCAGUGGUAGCUGACAUAACAGCUGGAGAUCAGGGUAUUAUAACUCUUGCAUUUGGAUAUACAAGACUUUUCCAGCCAGAAAAACCUGUGACAAAAGCACAGGCCGCAAUUGCCCUUUCAACUGGGGAUGCUUCUGCUAUUGUUAGCGAGGAACUUGCACGGAUUGAAGCUGAAACUAUGGCAGAGAAUGCUGUUUCUGCGCACAGUGCUCUAGUUGCUCAAGUUGAGAAGGAUCUAAAUGCGAGUUUUGAGAAGGAGCUUUCCCUGGAAAGGGAAAAGAUCAAUGCUAUUGAGAAAUUGGCUGAGGAAGCAAGAAGAGAAGUGGAGAAAUUGAGUGCCACAAGGGAGGAGGAAAGUCUUUCAUUAAUAAAGGAACGUGCUGCUGUUGAUUCAGAAAUGGAAAUUCUCUCUAGAAUUAGGCGAGAAGUGGAGGAACAGUUGCAGGCCCUUAUGAGCGAUAAAUUGGAGAUUUCAUAUGAGAAAGAAAGGCUGAAUAAACUCCGGAGAGAUGCAGAAACUGAGGGUCAGGUACUAACACGGUUACAAUAUGAGCUGGAAGUUGAGCGCAAAGCCUUAUCCAUGGCACGGGCCUGGGCUGAAGAUGAGGCGAAAAGGGCAAGGGUGCAAGCAAAGGCCCUGGAUGAGGCUAGAGACCGCUGGGAGCGACAAGGCAUAAAAGUUGUGGUCGACGAUGACCUACGUGAGGAAGCUGAAGCUGGAGAUACAUGGAUUGCUGCUGGAAAGCAGAUCCCUGUCGAAGAAUCCAUUGAGAGGUCCGAGAACCUCGUGGAAAAACUCAAGAAAAUGGCUGAUGAAGUUAGAGGGAAAAGCAAAGAUACAAUUACAAAAAUCAUUGAGAUGAUUGUUCUAUUCAUAUCCAAUUUGAAGAAAAAGGCAGGAGAGCUAAAAGAUGCUGCAAAAUCAAAGUGGGACAGUUCUUUACAAGGCGUGCAGCAUAACUCCACCGGAUUUACUUCAGCUGUUAAGGAAGGUGCGAAGCGCGUUGCUGGGGAUUGGAAAGAGGGAGUCGAGAGAUUGUCGCAGAAGUUCAAGGCAUGAUUUUCGCUGUCCCUUUCUGAACUUUUAACCUCUCAUUCUGGGCGUAUAUAUCGCCUGCCUUGAGAUCACUGCUUCUGUGAUUUGGUGCUUCUUUCCCACUUACAAAGUGGAUUUUUAACGAAGUAAACGCUAAGGGGAAUAAUGUUUAUCACCUAGUGAUAUUGAUGAAGGGAAUUGUAGAAAAUGCAAGAAAUUGUUGUAUAUGAUGGUGUACGUGAUCAUAUGCCAGUUUUGGUUGGAACAUUUCUAUUUAAUAAACUCGACCACCUUCAUAUCU